AUGCCCGAAUCCACCUCCUUUCCAACCCACUCCACUGACCCUCUUAUCAUCGACACUUUCGAAAACAACGAAACCAACAACCUCGGCAACUGGCAUGGCACCGUUGAAUCCCUCCCUAUCACUCAAGGCCCUGGCUUUGUCCGCCUCCACCCCACAGACCCAGACCAAGCCUACCACACGCAGUUCACCCACGCAAAAUGCUUCAACAUCCUCCCCUACAAAUACCGCUACCUCCAUGUUACCUUCUCGGGCUCCCCGCACUUCGGCAUCUCCCUUACCCAAAACAACUACGCCUGCGAUCCAACUAGUCUCCCCUACCCGGAAACAUGGGAUACCAUCGAAGCCAUCCGAUACACAGCUGGCCCAAAUGACAUCUAUGUUCCUCUUUCGCACUUCGCCAUCGAUCUCACGCGCGUUGUCUCCGUCUCCUUCGGGGGCUUCUACACCGGUGAAACCACCACUCUAACAAAAGUGGAGGUGGUAUCCCGGGUGCCUGAGAUGCUGGACUUCAAAGUCCCUAGUAAGCUGCCCAGCGGUACAGUCAGUUUGCGAUGUACCAGACCAGGGUCGUUUGCGUUUGGGAUCGAUGACGGGGCACCCUGGUUGGCGCAGCAUGUGAUGGAUAUCCUGGAACGGGAGAAUAUCCUGGCCACGUUCUUUGUCGUGGGGACGGGAAUUAGGGAUCCGGAGACGAACUUUUCCGCAGUUUAUAAGGAGAUGCAUCGUAGGGGACAUCAGAUUGCGUUGCAUUCAGAUUCGCACCGGAAACUCGAGGCCUUAGAAUCCAUCCAUGAGAUAGAUGAGGAAAUCGUCAAUAAUGCCGAGGCGUUAGAAUCCCAUCUAGGAAUCGAAUCUCGCUAUUUUCGACCUCCGUACGGAACUACAGGCGCCCGAACACGCCAAAGGCUCGCUGCCCAUAUCAAAGAUCCACGGAUCAUCAAUUGGAGCGUCGAUAUUGAGGACUGGUUGUGGGCAGAUACGGAUACUCCCGAACGCCAGCGUGAUGCCUUCUUCCGCGACGUGAGACAAGGUGGUAAUUUAGCGGUUGUGCAUUUCGUCAGUCCCACAACAGUUGAGUACCUCCCGGAGAUCAUCCAAUUCGUUAAGAAGACGAAGGCAACCAUCAUGCGCAUUGACCAGUGCCUGGAGGAUCCGGAUAGCCCUCCACUUAAUCUGUCUUGA